CUGAGAACGAGCAUAUUUCAUUAAGUUGAUGACCUGCAACUAUGGCUCAGUAUAUGGAUUCUGAUUAUCCUCUCACCGAUAAGUUCCCUGACAAGAGUGAGCGCUCAAUGUCACUACCUUACAACUCAGUGGACCUUGAAGAGCAUAUCAAGCCACCACUCAAUAUUAAAGAAGUAAUUUUGAAGAAAACUGAACACUGUUGUAGAAGUACCCCAGGAAAAUUAGGCAGAUUUUUAUUUGAUCUUUUCCCCGUGCUUACUUGGCUUCCUCGCUAUAAGAUUAAGGAAUACUUACUAGGUGACAUUGUGUCUGGAAUCAUAGUUGGCAUUCUUACCAUUCCUCAGUCCAUUGCGUAUUCACUGUUGGCAAGCCAAGAUCCCAUUUAUGGCUUAUACUCUAACUUUUUUUGCUGUAUUAUCUACUUUUUGAUGGCUACAUCUCACCAUAAUUGUGUUGGUACAUAUGGGGUUCUGUGUCUGAUGAUAGGCGAGUCAGUAAACAAGCACCUAAAAGCAGCAGGUUUCCCUGAAGAGGGUGACAUGAUAUUAAAUUCAACACUUGUCAGCAAUGGAACUGUAUGUGAUCGAGGCUGCUAUGCGAUUAUGGUAGCCACGUCUUUAACUUUUAUGGUUGGACUUUACCAGGUGCUUUUGGGAUUCUUUCGCCUAGGUUUUAUCUCAAUGUAUUUAUCUGAACCCUUACUAAGCGGCUUUGUUACUGGGUCUUCACUCACCAUCAUAACCUCCCAGAUGAAAUAUAUUUUAGGCUUAAAGAUUCCUCGUCGUGACGGUGCUGGGGCAGUGAUUAUGACAUGGAUUGAUGUUUUCUCAAACUUAAAAAGCGUCAACAUUUGUGACUUAGUGACAAGUGCUGUUGCAACAGUUGUUAUGCUACCAAUCAAGUUCCUUAAUGAUCUAUAUAAGUCUAAGAUGAAAUUUCCAUUUCCAGUUGAGCUGUUUGUUAUCAUUGUGGCCACUUUGGUUUCCCAUUUUUUUAAUUUCAAUGGCAAGUAUAACACAUCAAUUUGUGGAACAAUUCCUACUGGAUUUCUGCCCCCAAAAGCACCACAGUGGGGUUUGAUUCAAAGAGUAGCAACUGAUGCAAUCCCCAUUGCUGUAAUUGGGUUUGCAAUGACAGUAUCCCUGGCUGAAAUAUUCGCUAAAAAACAUGGGUAUACUGUCAGUACUAGCCAGGAAAUGAUAGCUAUAGGCAUGUGCAAUCUGAUCCCAUCUUUCUUUCACUCUUUUGCAAGUUGUGCUGCUCUAGGCAAAACCUUACUUAAAGAAUCUACUGGUUCCAGCACUCAGCUCAAUGGGAUUGUGUCUGCCAUAGUAUUGGUACUAGUACUUCUAUAUUUUGCGCCACUCUUCUACUCACUGCAAACCUGUAUUUUAGGAAUUAUCACAGCUAUUAAUUUUAAGAGUGCAAUUAUGAAAUUUGGAGACACUCCAAAAAUGUGGAGGAUUAGCAAAAUGGACACAAUCGUAUGGUGGGUCAGCAUGUUAGCUUCUACUGUGAUUUCUUCUGAGAUUGGACUGUUGGUCAGUGUCUGCUUUUCAAUGCUGUGUGUGAUAUUUCGUACACAGAGGCCAAGGGCUACUCUUUUAGGCCAAGUCAGUGGAACAGAGAUUUACGAAGAUCAGCUUAAAUACAAACAGCUGGACAAUGUGCCAAAUAUCAAAAUAUAUAGAUUUGACGGUUCUCUGUACUAUGCCAACAAGGAUUAUUUUAAAUCAACCUUGUAUAGCAAAACUGGUGUUAACCCAUCAUUACUGUUAACUUUACAAAGAAAAGCCAAAAAGGAAGAGGAUAACACCAAUACACAAGCGAAAUGUAGUUUUUUUUCAAAGCUGAAUAUAAUUAAAAUAGAAUGUAAACCCCACAAAUCUACUGAUACACCCAUCCCAGAAAUUAAUAUGCAUUCGCUUAUAAUUGACUGUAGUGCUAUGCAGUUUGUUGAUAGUGUAGGGCUCUCUGUGCUCAAAGAGAUCCGCAAUGACUAUGGGGAGAUUGGUAUUCGGGUGUUUCUAGCAAACUGCAAUCCUUCAGUCCGCCAGCUACUUCGCAGAGGUGACUUUUUUAGCGGAGCCAAUAACUGUAUUGGUGAACAUGCAUUUCACAGUGUUCAUGACGCAGUCACAUUCGCUGAGAGGCAGUUCCAAAAGGAAACAAGGUUAAAACAUAAUGAAGGUUCCUUCUCAGCUACUACUGAAGGAGGCAAUGAAGGUACAAAACAAUGAAAUACUUUUACUGCAAGCGAGUAUUUAAUAAUAAUUGCUUAUCUUGUAGCAAGCGUUAAUAUUUUUGCUUAUUUUCUGAACUGAUAUAAAGAGAACUUACAAACCUCUAUGACAUGAGAAGAUCACUUUUAUAUUUUAAUAUUUAAACAUACACAAGUUUUAAUCAGAACUGACUCAGUUUCAGGUUUUGUUUUGUUUUUUUAGAAUAAGCUGCCAUGUGUGGUUACAUGAGGAAUAGUACUAUUUCUGACCAAUACAUGACUUAAUUCUGGAACUUUUUGGCAGUCUUUUCACUCAGUAGACUGUAAGGGCACAUUUACACAACCGUAGUGUUUAGAGGUCCGCAAAUUGCAGUUCCACUAAACACAUAUAUCAACCCAUGUGCAUUCUGCAAUUUGCGGACCACACAUGACUGGAACUGCUAUAGAAAUGAUCUAUCUUUUUUGCGAGGCCACUACAGAAAAGAUCACACCUUGGGCUGUCCGCAUCUUUUACUGUCCCAUUAAAAUGAAUGUGUUCGCACGCGUUCCGCAAAAUGUGUGGUUACAUUGCGGAUCCGCAAAA